AUGAAUUUCUUAGAAUAAAUCGAAAUAACCAUUAAGACUUAUUGUUAUGCAAUAAUGAAAGAGACAAUGUCUUAAUUCAUCUGUUCUGGACUAGUCUAUAAAUUAUUUGUCUUUGUUGAAUUGAUGCAAAAUGUAUAUAGCAUUAAAUAUGAGUAGAUAUAUUUUGUUAUGCAUCCAAUCUUAUAGUUUGAAUUAGAUAUUGUGUUUGUUGAAUAUUUCAGACAAGUAAUCCAAUAUUCUUAAUUAACAUACAUAUUAGAUGCAAUGGAUUAAAAUCAAUCAAUAAUUUUACUCUAUACAGCUUUUGGAUUAUAAAUUACAUUGCUGUUUCUUAUAGGGUUAGGUGUAAACUUUGUAAAACAGAAAGUAUUGAUAGUAUUUAUAAAAAUAGAAAAAAAUAACGACAAUCACGUCAUAUUCAUUCAAAGCAAUAAGUUUUUAUGCAUUAAUUCUUAAUUCAUUUUUGCAUGUUUGUUUUAUCAACAUUUUCUUUGUGUUUCUUAUUUGUUAUCCAGAUUCAUAGUAUAGUUAUGGUGUGGAAUGUUAUUCAGGUGUUUAUAUACUUCAUACAGUAAUGGCAGCAAUUGGAUUAUUAUUAUACUUUUUAAUUCAGUAUUACUUUUCAACUUUUUACAUAGAUUUAAAGUAAGAGAUUAUAUAUUACAUAAUAGACCAUUUUCUGAUGUUCCUUUUGCAUAACCUUAAAAUAGAUAUGAUUAUGUGAAAAUCUUAUUUAAAUGUGCAAUUCUGUUAUUCAUUAUAAUUGAUUAUAAGGCUGAAAAUCCUUACACUUAUAUAAUCUUUAUCCUAUUUCUAUAUUUUAUUUUGCUUAUGUUUAGAAUUUAUGAACCUUAACAUUUUCAACUUGAUAUAUACAAUUACUUAAUAGCUUGUGAUGUUAUAUAGUUUAGUUUGGCCUUUUGUUAUACGCUCCAUAAAUUUUUGGAUGAUGGUGCACCUGAUACAGUUGGAUUUUACUUUAUAUUGGCAGCAAUUCCUUUUAUUUAUUAUUGUGCAAUUUAAGUAGGUCAUAAGAAGAAUCAUUAUUUUUAAGUAAAAGGAAUAAAGAAAUUAAGUGAUCCAAAUUAACAUGAAUAACUAUUUAAUUAACUUAUAUACAUCAUUGAUCGCAGAGAUAAUCUAUAAAACUAUUUAUUAUUAGAAGGAAUAUUAGUAUAACAUAUGGAGACAUGUUAAAAUACAAAUUGUUAAUGUUAGUAUUUAAGUGAAUCAAAAUCAAAGGAAUUAGAUGAUUUAAUAUGGUACAAAUUUAUUAUUUAAAUGAUUGAUUUAUCAAUUGCAAAAUUUCCAAAAAGUUGUAAAUUACAUUUAUUAUAAUCAUAUAUUUAGAAUAAAAAAUUAAACAAUAAAUUCAAAUGUUAUUAUUCUCUAUAACAUAUAAAAUCAUUAGAAACUACAUUAAAAGAAGAAUUUCAAUCUUAUAGAGAUUUGCAUACACUUGAAGAGAUAAUGUAAGAAGAAGAUUAGAAGGCUGAAAUUAUUAUUGAUGUUCUUCAGGUUGUUAAAUUUCAAAAAUAUUAUGGAUAAUUCUAAAAUCUUUUAGAAGAAUCUGUUAAAAGACAUUAUGAAUUUUGGUGUGAAUUAUAAGAGAAUAAUCCAGAUAUAUAAAAGUUAUUUACUUUAGGCAGUCAAAUCACUUAAUCAGUUGAAGAUGUAAAGGAAUUAUAUGAUAAAUUAAUGGAGAUUAAUCCUAAUCAUAUUAAUACUUUAAGAAUCUUUGGUUAAUUUUAAAAUGAAGUAAUUAAUGCAGAUAAUUUGGGUUUAAGAAUAUUAGAGAAAGCAACUCAGAUAGAGAAUGCUUAAUUAGCAUAUUCAAAUGAAACACAAACAGAGAAGUAUGGAGAAAAUAGUAAUACUUGUAUUAUGACAUGUUCAGCUGAAACUAAAUCUUUGGGAUUGAUAUAGAGUUGUAAUAAAGAAAUUGAAAAAUUAGGAUAUCAUAAAUAUGAAUUAAUCAAUUAAUUUAUUACUCGUCUGAUGCCUAAAUGUUAUGCUGAUAAUCAUGAUAAAUUUAUGUCUAAAUAUUUGGAAACAAAUGAAAGUAAAAUAGUAGGAAGGGAAAGAACAGUAUAUUGUUAACAUAAAAAUGGAUCAAUUGUUCCUUGUUUAUUAAUGUUCAAGAUUUUACCAUAAUUGAAAAAAGGGUUAAGAAUGGUUAAUUUCUUUAAAAUUUUAGAAAAUUAUGAUUCCCAUUAUUAUAUCUUAUUUAAUCCAACUACUUUUUUGAUAUAUGGUUUGAGUUAGAAUUGUUAAGAUUCAUUUGGUAUACCUGUCAAUUUUGCAUAUGGUAACAAUGCUCAUUCAAAUGAUUUUAAUAUGGAAAUUUUGAUUCUUGAUUUUAAUCAUUUAGUAGAGAAAUUAAAAAUUUCAUAAGAAAAUAUUUAAACAGCAUUUCCACUUUAAUUGGAUACAACUAAAUUAUAAAAAUAAUUUAUAAUGGAAGAUUCAGUUGAUCGAUUAUCUUUGAUGGAUGAAGGUGAAAUCAAUAAUAAUAAUUUAUUGAAUCAGAAUGGAACAACAGAAAAUCUAAAAUCUUCUGUGAAAAAGGAAUCAUUAUUCAAAGUCUAUAAGAUUAGUUGUACAGUUGAGAAAUAAAUAUACACUGAUUUAGAAGUAGCCAUUUUAAAAUUUACAGAAGCAACAGCAUUUUAAGAAGCAUCAAAGAGUGGUAAUUAUUAUUAAAGUGAGAUAAAAUUGAAAUCAAAAUAAAGUAAAUAUUCUUCUUCUGCUACUAAAAAGAAAGCUGAUUAAUAAAUUAAUGAAGAUUAUUUAAAUGAGGAUAGAUCAUCAGUUAAUUCAGUUUAAUCUAGUUUGAAUGAUGAUAUGCGUAGAUUAAAAGAUUUUAAAGCUUUGAUGAGUGAAAAGAAAGUGCCUAGAAAUAUUAGAACAAUCUAAAUUACUAUGUUAUCAUUAACAUUAAUAUUAUUGACUGUUUCAAUUGUAGAUUUAGUUUUAAAAGGAAUAUAAAAUACUUCUUUUAAAUAUUCUUCUUAGAUUUUAUCAGACUCUUAUUCAAUUACAAAUCAAAUGUCAACAAUAACUUUGCAUUCGAGAAUAUUGGAAAUGAUAGGAACAGGUGAAUAUAAUAAUAGUAAUGGAUUUGCACCAUAAUUUUUGAGAGAAGAUGUAAAUAUUAUAAUAUAAUAUUAGUUAAUAACCAGAUUGAAAAUUGUUUAAUAAUUACAAUUUAAUACUUUAAAAGUAAAUAAUGACUUAUAAAAAUCUGAUGUAGAUGUACCUACUUAAUAUUAAUACAAUUUUACAUCUCUUUUGAUUGAUAAUUCAUUUAAAGAUACUUAAUUAGCAUUAAUAGAUUCAAUAAGAGAAGCACUUAGUCAUUUAGUAAUUAUGAUUGGAACUGAUUUAAAGAAUUUUAAGAUCAAUGAUUAUAUUACUCCUGCUUAGCAAUCAUUCUUUUAUAUUAAUUAUAAUGGAUUAAGAAAUAUUAGAUUAGGAUUAGUUGAAAGAUUAGAUUAAAUUUAUACAUUUUUUUAAGAUCUUAUUUCUAGUAAGUUUGGUACAUUUUUAGCUUUGAUGAUUAUUAGUAUUAUAAUUCUGAUUAUUACUCAUGCUAUUGUUAUACCAAUUUUAUUAAAAGUGGAUAGAGCAAAUAAUAAAGUAUUGAGUAUGUUUGGAUUAGUAAUUUAUUUAUUAUCAAUAUUAUUAGAUACCACCUAUAGAGAUCAAGGAGUUAUCAGAUAAAUGUGAAAAGUUCUUAAAAGAUUAUAUUGAAGAUUUUAAUGAGAAAAAGGAACUUGAGAAUAGAAUUAAUAAUAAAAAUUAGGAGGAUAAUAAAAAAUAGUAGCAAUAAUAAGAUAAACAUUAUAUAGAGAUGAAUAAUGAAGAACAUAUAGAUGAGAAAUAAAAGGAAUAGAUAGAAAAAUAAAAGGAAUUAUAGAGAAUAGAGGAUGAAGAGAAGGAAAGAUUAAGAUUGGAGAAGUAGGAAGAAGAUAAAAGAAAGAAAUAAGAAGAGGAAAAUAAAUAGAAAAGAUAUUUGAGACAUAAAAAGAAAAAGAAACACAAAUAUAAUAUUUAAGAAAUAGAAUUAACUGAAGAUGAAAGAACACGUAUAGAAAAAUUAGAGAGAUCUAAUGAAAAGAAUGAUUCUUCAGCUCUUAUCAAAUUUAUGUUGUUCUUUUUAUUAUUUACUGGUUUUUUUGUAACCUAAUUAGUACUUGAAGUGAUCUAUUUAAAUAAUGUAAAUUUCUUAUUUGAACAUUUGAAAUUAUCUCAUUAAAGAUAUUAUAUAAUGAUGUAUAGAGUAGUUUAUGGAGUAGAAGAUAUAAUAUAAUAAAAAUCAAUUAAUAUUGAUAAUGUUUGGAUGUAAUAAACAUAUCAUACUUUAAUUUAUGAUGCAGAGAGAGAUGUAUUUGAAUCUUAUAAAUCUGUAAUAAUUAUAUAAUUAUAUAGUUUCCAUUAACUGGCUUUGAUUCAUAUAAAUAAUAUUAUGAUUGGUUCAAUUUUAAUGAUAUGUGUUCUAAUAUUACUUUAAUGUCUCCUAUGGAUAUCACUGUAACUGAAUCAGGAUGUCGUUAAGUUCAAAAUGGAAUAUUAGAAAAAGGAUUGAGAACUUCAGUAAUAAAUUUAGCACUAUAUUCAAAUGAUUCAUUAAAGAUAUCAGGUAACAAUACUAAAUAAACAAUAAUAAAUGGAAAUACAUUUUAAAUUAUAAAUGAUAUUGUAAAAUACAUUAGACCUGCUUUUAAUACUUUAAAUGAAGUUUAUAUUACAGAUUCACAUGAUUAUAUUAAUUAUUCUCAAAGCAUUGAAGUUGUAAAAUUUAUUGUAUUGAUAAUUGCAUGGAUCAUCUUAUUUUUUAUUAUAUGGAUGCCAUAUUUGACAAAAUUAAGUAUAUAGAUUUGGCAGACAAAAGGUAUGUUGAAUAUGAUACCUAUGUCUAUUAUUUAAAAGAAUGAGAAACUUAAAUACAGAUUCUUAUAAGAUAAUAUAAUGACUAUGGUACAAUGA